AGUCCGAGCAGACCUAUCACGCGCUCAAAAAAAUGGCAAUGUCUAAAUUAUCUCUCCUAUGUUUUGACAGCAGUAUAAUUCUCAGAGAUGACGUUCUUGAUAUGAAAAUAAUAGAAGAAGCGAAUGAACGAUAUUUAACUAGUACACUUUGUUAUUUAUAUGAAAAUUUCAGAACGCAUCCAUAUAAGUUUCAUACAUAUACAGGAGUGAGUGUGAAUACUUUUGAUUAUAUUCUACAACAUAUUGAGCAUUUAUCUUGGCAAAUGAAAUCCAAAAUGGUUAUUACUAAUGCAGAAAAAUUGUUUCUCACUUUAAGAUUCCUUGCACAUGGACUAUCGUUCAAGUCGCUGGCGGUCACGUAUCGCCUUACUCCAGGUACCGUUGGAAAAACCAUUUACCAGACCUUACACACCAUAUGGAUGGCUUUAAAGCAUCUUCAUAUGCCACAACCAACUGAAAAUAGUUUUAAAAAGAUAACUGACGACUUUUACAUGAAAUGGAAAUUCCCCAAUUGCAUAGGAGCAAUAGGUGCAAAGAAUUUUCGCAUCAUGAAGAUAUUGAAAUCUAAAACUGGGAAAAAGAAACGCAAACAGGUUGUUCCUUUUGUACUCCAUGCUAUUUCUGACGCUGAUUACAAAUUUACUGCUAUAGAAAUUGAAGGAAAUGGAUCUGAAAGUGACGGUACACCAUUUCAUUUUGAUGCAACUAAAUUAAACAAGAUGCUAGCUACUAAUAAAUUUAAUGUACCCUCAAGUCAGAAGCUGCCUGGCUCCGAUAUCUCAUUACCGCAUGUUUUGUUGGGAAGUGCUGCUUUCCCGUUAAAAACAUAUUUACUGCGCCCUUAUCCAUUUGUGCAAACGGACAGAGAGACGAGAAUCUUCAAUGAAAUAUUAUUAAGAGUGAGAGCAACCAAUGAUUUCACCUUUGACAUACUAACGACCAAAUGGCGUAUUUUUAAUAAACCACUGGAAACAAGCGCGAAACAUGCGACAUUGAUUAUACAUGUAGCUUGUUUGUUACAUAACAUUGUAAGAGACCAGGACGGAGACAAUGAUAAAACCUACAAAAAAUGUUGCCUUUCUUUAUCACAAGGAAUACACAAGAAAGUAUUAAAAGCGAAGCGGAACAGCAGAACUUCAUUUGAAGCUAUGGAAAUACGCGAUAAGUACAAAAUGUAUUUCGUCAACAAUCCAAUAGAAAAUUGUCAACCUACAUCAUGUUAACAUAAUUAGCGACAUCUGUGACCUUUCUUUAAAUUUUUAGUAAAUAAUUUAAAUAAAACUUACCAUUACUUAAAAAACCUAGAAUUGUGUACUCACAAAUGUA